GACACCUGAAAGGAAAAGAAGGGAAGGUGACAUCCCUGAUAGAGAGCAACAUCAGCUGAGCCCAAACCAAGAGAAAAGCAAAGAUGCUCGGGGGUGAAGGAGAGAGCAGUUCAUAUUCUUCUUCCAAAGACACAGCAGAUGAGAGGCGCAAGUCUCCAGCUGUGGAGGGGGAUGAUCCGGUUGUUAGCAACAGGUAUACGGAGCACGGGAUGAGUGCUGACCGGUACUAUAUCCCAUCCGCUAUUUCUAAGCAAAGUCCCGAAGCAGCCAGUCAUUGCUCUUUUAUCCCCUACACCCCCAGCGGGGCGGUUUACACCCCGUCCAGUGCUGGAAGGUAUCCCUCAUCACUGCACCUGGGCUCCGUGUUGCCCCCGGCCGGAUUCCCCCCCUCAGCCCCCGGGCGCAGUCACAUUAGUCCCACUUACCAGCUCGGACAGAGUCCCGGCUGCAUCUACCCUCCAUACACCGGCUCGGGCUCCGCUCUCGGUAACAUGGCUCUUCCCCCCGCCACCGCCGGCCCGGGGGUGAGGGCCCAGGUUUAUCUCUGCAACCGACCUCUAUGGCUCAAGUUCCACCGACACCAGACAGAGAUGAUCAUCACCAAGCAGGGCAGACGGAUGUUCCCUUUCCUCAGCUUUAACAUAGCUGGUCUCAGUGUGACAGCGCACUAUAACGUGUUUGUGGAAGUGGUGCUUGCGGAUCCAAACCACUGGAGAUUUCAGGGGGGAAAGUGGGUCACCUGUGGGAAAGCGGACAACAGCAGCCAAGGAAACAAAAUCUAUAUCCACCCGGAGUCCCCAAACACAGGGGCUCACUGGAUGAGACAAGAAAUCUCCUUCAGCAAACUGAAACUCACAAACAACAAAGGGACGAGCCACAAUACUUCACAGAUGAUUGUUCUGCAAUCCCUGCAUAAGUACCAGCCAAGGCUGCACAUUGUGGAGGUGACAGAGGAUGGAGUGGAAGACCUUAACAGUGACCUUAAGACCCAGUGCUUUACUUUUCCAGAGACUCAGUUUAUAGCAGUCACUGCCUACCAGAACACGGAUAUCACGCAGCUGAAAAUUGAUCACAACCCUUUUGCCAAAGGAUUCAGAGACAAUUAUGAUUCGAUGUACACAGCUCCAGAGAACGACCGCCUUACGCCGUCUCCUACGGACUCUCCCCGUGCCCACCAGAUUGUCCCUGGCACCCGCUACGCGAUGCAGCCCCUCUUCCAGGAUCAGUUUGUCAACAACCUUCCUCAGAAUCGCUUCUACAACAGUGAGAGAGCUGUACCGCAGACUAACAGCCUCCUCUCGCCUCAGUCAGAAGACGCAGCUUCGCAGAGGUGGUUUGUCACCUCAGUGCAGCAAGGGGGAAGUAGCAGUGGCACCACCAACAAGCUAGAUCUGACACCCUAUGAGGGAGAAUAUUCAAGUUCCCUGCUUCCUUAUGGUAUCAAAUCACUGCCCAUGCCUACAUCUCACGCUCUUAGCUACUACCCAGACUCCCCGUUCACUACAAUGUCUGCUGGGUGGGGGUCUAGAGCAGCAUACCAAAGAAAAGUCACAUCCAGUCUGCCUUGGUCCCCCAGACCCAGCCCCACUGCCAGUUUCCCAGAAGACUCAGAAAAGGUUAAAGCACAGAUGGAAGAGGAGGUGAAUGGUAGUGGAGCCCUGAUCAGCUCCUGGACAGAGCCACAACCAUCAGCUCUUUCCUUAGACAAGACCAAUUCCUAUUCUCUGGCCUGCAAAAGAAGGCGUGUGUCUCUCAAUGGUCCAAGCACGGAGGACUCCUCCAGCAACACCAAGUGUGAGGACUUGGUCUCUGUUCCCACCAACAAUGGCUACAGCAAGGAAGCCCCCCCAUCCAAAAGCAUGGCAGCUUACUAUCCAUUUUACACAAACCCUUAA